CUUCUUCUCUCUCUCACCGCGGAGCUCGAGAAGUGAAUUAAGAACAAAUUACAGGAGAAUUAAAUGAAACUCAAAAAAUGGCACUAAUGGCAACAACACGAACCAAGCUCUAUAGGCUCUUAACCCGGACUCUAAGGCCGGGGUGCAGCGCCUUAAAUGGCUGGAUUCGGCCAGACCCAUUUUACUGCAGCUUCUCUUCAGCUUCAUCUGCUGCUGCUAUGGCGCCUCAAAGAGAGGCUAUGGGAUUUGAAGUACUGGGAGUGAAAGACUAUGAGGAUUACAGGCGGUCUCUUUAUGGAGAGAUCACUCACAAGGCUCUUCUUGUCGACGCUGUUGGCACUCUCCUUGCUCCCUCUCAGCCCAUGGCGCAGAUAUAUAGAGAGAUAGGGGAGAAAUAUGGGGUGGAGUACUCAGAAAUUGAGAUAUUGAACAGAUACAGAAGGGCUUAUGCUCAGCCUUGGGGUAGAUCUCGUCUCAGAUAUGUGAAUGAUGGGAGACCCUUCUGGCAAUAUAUAGUCAGUUCUUCCACUGGCUGCUCAGAUUCUCAGUACUUUGAAGAACUUUAUAACUACUAUACCACUGACAAGGCUUGGCAUCUCUGUGAUCCUGAGGCUGAGAAAGUAUUUAAGGCUCUUAGAAAAGCUGGUGUAAAAGUGGCUGUUGUAUCAAAUUUUGACACUCGGUUAAGACCUGUCUUGAGGGCACUGAAUUGUGAUCAUUGGUUCGAUGCUGUGGCAGUGUCAGCUGAAGUUGAAGCAGAGAAACCAAAUCCAACAAUAUUUCUAAAAGCCUGUGACCUGUUGGGCAUAAAGCCUGAGGAUGCUGUACAUGUAGGUGAUGACCGUAGGAAUGAUAUAUGGGGUGCCAGAGAUGCAGGCUGUGAUGCUUGGCUCUGGGGAAGUGAUGUUUUCUCAUUUAAAGAGAAUUUGAUUUGGUCUGAGUACCUUGAAAGUUUACAUGACCCACCAGUUCUGCUGAUGCAGGUUGCUCGAAGGAUAGGAGUCCAGAUCUAGAGAAUCGCCCGUUAUGUUACAACUUGGACAUAGGUCCAGAGGAUCUUCCUUUAUGUACAACUUGGACGUUGUUUCAUACGUACAGGUUCUUCUAGAUUGUUCUUGGAGGUUUUGUACAUAGUCUGUUGUAGCGUGUAAAAGAGAGAUGUUAGGCUAUACAUGAGGUGGGGAUUACAGACAGUUUAUCUUCUCUGGCAUUGCAAAUAGUUGAAAACUUUUACUUCAAAGUCCUGUUCGUUAUUCAUCA